AUAGCGCUUGUGUCUUUGUAAAUAUUUUAAUUACGUAUUUAAUGCUCUGGAUAAUAGAAAUAUAUAAAAAUAUAUUCGUAAAAAUAUGUAAAUACGAAAAAUAUACUAUAUCACAUGAAUGAGACAAUUUUUAACCGCAAGGGAGGAUGAAAUAUAAAACAGAAAUGAUCCGAGAAGGUAAUUUUGGGUCACGCUUGGUUUCUUUAUCACAGAUAUAUUGGGAUGUCUUGGUGUCAUGUUUAAUACAUAGAACGGUGACCGAAAUUUCGCUUCUUAAACACGGACGAUUUCUGUGCUGUCAACUGUAAUUCUUAGAACGGCGUUGUGCGAGGUCUUGGCGAAGAGAUUUUUUUUUUUUCAGAAUAUAUCGAAACUGUUAAACACACACAGUGCCACAUUUUAGAUCAACGCUGUCACGCACGUAGAGAUGAAACGCAACUUGAUUAAGAACUGUACUCGUCUGUUGUCCAUCAAACAGCACACAGAAAAGAAAGUAUGCAUUGUCGGUGCAGGUCCAGCUGGCUUUUACGCGGCACAGCAGUUACUGAAGUGUUCGAAUGAUGUCAAAGUUGACAUACUCGAAAAACUGCCGGUUCCCUUCGGUCUGGUACGCUUCGGAGUCGCUCCGGAUCAUCCGGAAGUGAAGAACGUCAUCAACACAUUCCACAAAACCGCGAUCAAUCCACGUGUUCAAUUUCUAGGCAAUAUCAACGUCGGUACAGACGUUACGAUCGAUCAGCUGCGACAAUUAUAUCACGCGGUGCUGCUAACAUACGGCGCCCAAAACGAUCGGUUGCUUGAUAUACCAGGGGAAAAUUUAAACAAUGUGAUAUCAGGCCGUCGUUUUGUGGGUUGGUACAACGGAGUACCAGCUGAUAAAGAUCUAGACAUUAAUUUGGAUACGGAAGAAGUAGUUGUUUUAGGUCACGGCAAUGUGGCCGUUGAUAUCGCGAGGAUUCUACUGUCGCCGAUUGACAAAUUAAAGAACACCGACAUCACGUCAUAUUCCUUGGAACAAUUAUCUCGCAGUAAAGUACGAAAAGUGUUUUUGGUCGGGCGAAGAGGACCUUUGCAAGCCGCGCUUACGAUCGCGGAACUGCGCGAGCUUAUCAAAUUGGAAAAAUGCAAAACUUCCUGGCGACCUCAAGACUUUGAGGGUGUGCGGGAGAUUGUGCCGACUCUAGCAAGGCCUCGAAAACGACUGACAGAACUUAUGCUUAAAUCUUUAGAAGAAUCCGUAAGCGACUCGACGUACAUUAAAGAGUUACAUCCGAUCUUCCUGCGAGGUCCCGUAGAGUUUCACGGUGCGAACGAAUUGGAGAGCAUCAAGUUCACCGUGAAUCGUCUGCGGGGCGAGACGAUUCAGGAUCAGUCGGCCGAGGCGACCGGCGAAUUCGAUGUGAUCACGUGCGGUCUGGCCUUUCGCAGCAUCGGCUACAGGUCCGUGCGGAUAGACGACUCGAUUCCGUUUGACGCUAAGAAGGGACGUGUAGAGAACAUUUCUGGUAAGGUCGACGACAAUCUUUAUAGCGCAGGAUGGGCAGCUACUGGACCGGUCGGCGUUAUUCUGUCAACCAUGACGAACGCUUUCCAAGUCGGCAACUUGAUCUGCAAAGAGUUGGCGUCCUCGAGCGAGAAUAAAUCAGGCUGUGAUGGUCUGCGUAAGAUCCUGGACUCCAAGGGAAUUCAGAUUGUCUCGUACGGGGAUUGGGAAAAAAUCGAUCGCGUUGAACAAGAGCGUGGCAAACAAUUGAGAAAACCGCGGGAGAAGAUUGUUGAUGUAUCAGAAAUGCUAGAAAUUGCUGCGAACGAGAAACUGACGGAACGCGGCAAUGGUGGCAACGCGCAAUUUUGUCACGUGGAAAGAUCUUAACCUGACAUGACU